GUAUAUUAUUCAAUUUAAACUAAUCGGUCGGCUAAGCAAGACGUCAAUAACGGUUAAAUUUGAAUUUAAAAUAUAUAUAAAACAAACAAAAGUAAUCAAAUGUUUUGUAACAACUUGAAAGGAUUUUUAUUAAUGUGCUGUCUAGCAACCGUUAUCUAUGGCAAUAAAAGCGUGCAAAGUGAAUAUUUAUAUAAAAAAAUCAUAAAACCUAAUACACCCUCAAUGAUACAAACGAUAAAACAAGAUAUGCAUCAAGCAUUUUGUUCGAUAACUAAUAAUACCCGGCUGUUAAAACAAAUGUAUGAUUUUGAAACGGCAAAUACGGAUAUUUCAACGUUACUAUUUAAAUUGCCAGACAGUGAGGAAUCACCAGAAACUGAAACGUUAAUAUUAAUGAAUCGUCGCGAAUUUAUAACGCCCACAUUUCCGAAUCUCACUAGAUCAUAUAUGACAUUGAGACGAUUAAAAGUGGCUAAAGCUCCGUUAGAGGAAAACAUGACGGAACUUUUGAAGUUGGAAAUGAAAAAUGUUGUAAAAGAUUAUGUGUAUGAUGCCUGGACAGAUAUGGGUCUGGAUGGUUGGAAGGGUGAUAUAGCAGAUUCAAAAAUACCGAUAUAUCAUAAAUAUCCCACUACUAUAGCAAAAGAUUAUCCACAUGCCGAUAUAGCUAAAGAUUUAAGUAAGGGAGAAUCGAAUGAUUUUUUUCAAGAUAUCACAACUAAUACGUUGAAAAUUGAAAAGGACGAACAAUUGAAAAUACAAAAAGAAAUGGAUAAAAAUGUGUAUAUAGCCAGAGCUAAUGAUCCAUUUGGUUACUCAACGAAAUGGCAAACGAGAAAUGCCUCAAAUCAAAACAAAUAUAAACGUGAUGUUUUACGUCUAUAUUCAAUGAUUAAAUGUUCGACCGGAUGUGAACCGCUAGUGUACAAAGGUUACGGUUGCUAUUGCGGUUUCCUGGGUGAUGGCAUACCAACGGAUGGUAUUGAUCGGUGCUGUAAAUUACAUGACAAGUGCUAUGAAUACAGUAAUUGUAUAUCAUAUUUGGAGUAUUUUGUGCCGUAUGUUUGGAAAUGUUAUCGCGGUAAACCAUUGUGUGCCAUAGAUCAUGGUGAAUGGGGUGGGCCACAAUCAUGUGCGGCCCGUUUGUGUCACUGCGACCUGAGGCUAUCGAGAUGUUUGCGUCAGUAUGCUUGUCCUGGCCGUAGGGCGGUAUGUCGUUCGUCUGCUUCGAGAAGGCUGCAGAAUUUGUUGUUAACAAAGUAAUUUGGUUAUAUGUAUAUUUAGUUAAUUGUUAUGUAGUAUGUAUGAAUAUAUCUUUAUUGUUUUCUAUUAA